GUGCUCCUUAGAUGGAGAGGAAUAAACUGGAGAGGAUGGAGCAGAGGCACUCUAGUAAUCCUUUUCCAUUUUGCAGCGUGUGUAAGUGUGUGCGCAGGUGAGACGGGUCGCUGCAGUGCGUUCGGCUGGCAACACAUUCACUCGUUUGACGGAGUUCUGUAUGAGUUCUCUGGAGACUGCAGCUACAUGCUGGCUGGAGACUGCCAUAAGAGAGCCUUUACCAUCCUGGGUGAUUUCUCUAACGGCAAGAGGAAGGGUGUGACACUGUUCCUGGGGGAGUUCUUUGAGCUGCGUCUGUCCGUGGAUGGGACUCUGUCUCGUGGAGCCGAGAGGCUCCAUCUGCCCUACGCCUCCAGCUCUGUGUUUGCUGGGCGGGAGCUGGGUGGCGUGAGAAUGUGGAGUGAGGAGUUUGGCUUCUCCGUGCGCAUCGACGGAGACAAGAACAUCGACAUCACGCUCUCCAAGCGCCAUGGCAACCGCACCUGUGGACUCUGCGGCAACUACAACAGCUUACCUGACGAUGACUACACCUCACGCGAGGGCUUUCUAACAGACGACCCGUAUGAUUUUGCCAACUCCUGGAUGAUGAAUGGAGCAGAACCCUGCAAGCGUGUGGCUCCUCCCUCUGAGACUUGCAACCUCACUGGGGAUGCAGCAAAGGAGGUCAUGUCCCAGUGUGAAGUGUUCCGCUCCUCCGCUGUGUUCCUGCACUGCGCUCAUGUCCUGGACCCGGCGGCCUUCCAGUCGGUGUGUGAGCGGAGUGUGUGCCACUGCGGCGGCAGGAAGGAGUGUGUGUGCGCCACCCUGCAGGAGUAUGCCCGCGCCUGUGCCCAUCACGGCAUCACGCUACACGGCUGGAACGAGCACAGCAGCUGCGCUCCCAAGUGCCCUGUUGGAAUGGAGUAUAGUGUGUGUGCUCAGUCCUGCUCAACAACCUGCCAGAGCCUCAACAUUCCAGAAGUUUGCCAGGAGGAGUGUGUGGAUGGCUGUGACUGUCCAGUGGGUAAGGUGCUAGAUGGUGAGAGGUGUGUUGACGUGUCUCAGUGCUCCUGUGUGCACACGGGAAAACGUUACCCCCCAGGAUCGAGCAUCUCUCAGAACUGCAACACCUGCGUCUGUCAGCAUGGCUCCUGGCAGUGUACAAAUGAGGGUUGUCCAGGGGAAUGUUUUGUGACCGGUCAGUCUCACUUCAAAACCUUUGAUGACAAGUUCUACACCUUCAGUGGCACCUGUCAGUACCUGCUGGCCAAGGACUGCAGUGACAGUGUGUUUUCAGCCGUCAUAGAGACCGUGCAGUGCGCUGAUGAGCAGGAUGCUGUCUGCACGCGCUCAGUUAGCCUGCGCUUUCAUCAGAUGGCCAAUCAGACGAUUCGACUGAGGCAUGGGGGCGUGGUCUCAGUGGACGGGAUGGAUGUGCAGACACCACUCAUAAAUGGUGACCUGCGUGUGCAGAGGACAGUCCAAACUGCUGUGAGGUUGUCUUAUAGGGAUGACUUGAGCCUUGACUGGGAUGGCAGAGGGAGGGUGGUGCUCAGGCUGGGUCCAGCGUUUGCAGGAAAAACCUGUGGCCUGUGUGGUAACUACAACGGUAACCAAGGCGAUGACUUCCUGACCCCUGGCGGACUGGUGGAGGGCCGUGUGGAAGGGUUUGGCAACGCCUGGAAGACCCACCCCGAGUGUGACAACCUCCAUCACCAACACACAGACCCCUGCAGUCUCAACCCCAAGAGAGUGCUGUUUGCGGAGGAGUCCUGCUCCAUCCUGCUGUCUCCUAAGUUUGAGGCGUGCCACUACGAGGUGAACCCCGCGCCCUUCGUGAAGAACUGCCGCUUCGACCUGUGUGCCUGCGCAGACGGACACGAGUGCCUCUGCUCCGCCGUCAGCAGCUACGCAGCCGCAUGCGCAGCCAGGGGCGUCCUCAUCCACUGGAGAGGCAACGGGUACUGUGAGAUGGAAUGUUCUGGGAAGCAGCAGUACGAGCUGUGUGGGAGUGUGUGCAACCAGUCGUGCCGCUCCCUGUCCCUGCCGGAGGGCGAGUGUGUGAGUGUGUGUGAGGAGGGCUGUUUCUGUCCCAGCGGCCUCUUCCUCAGCGACGCAGGCGAGUGUGUGUCCAGGGAGGACUGCUCCUGUUACUAUGACGGCGAGAUCUACGAGCCCAACGACGUGUUUUCUGACCACCACUCAACAUGUUACUGUGAGAAUGGCUCCAUGCGUUGCACUGCUAGAGACCAUGAGGGAGCCACACUGACUGACCUCUUCUUUGAUGAGUUCUCACCUUCCAGAGAGCGUCGCUCUGCCUCCUGUCCCCCUCCUCUGGAGAAGCUGGUGUGUGAGUCUCCGCGUAAUCAGGGCAUAGAAUGUGCCAGAACCUGCCAGAACAUGGACCUGGAGUGUGUGAGCCAGGGAUGCACCUCCGGCUGCGUGUGUCCUCCGGGAAAGGUUCGUCAUAGGAAAGACUGCAUUUCACCAGACCAAUGCCCCUGUUUCCAUAACAACCGAGCCUAUGCUCUAGGGGAGUCUGUCAAGAUGGACUGCAACACAUGUGUGUGUCGGGGGCGACGUUGGGACUGCACCCAGAAUGUGUGUGAUGGAGUGUGUCGCACGGUAGGGGAGUCCCAUUACAUCACCUAUGAUGGACUGAAGUACACUUUCCCCGGACCAUGCCAGUAUGUCCUCACACAGGACUACUGUAAUGGAUUAGAUGGCUCGUUCAGGGUGCUAGUGGAGAAUUCAGCGUGUGGAGUGGUGGGCCAUCGCUGCAGCAAGAGUGUGACUGUGUUCUAUAAAGGUGGAGUGAUAAGCAUGGACCACGGAGAGGUGCGUAUGAAGAGGCCUGUGCUGAGUGGGGUCAGGGUGGAGCUGGUGAGGUCAGGUCUGUAUUACAUCAUCCUGUUGGGAUCAGACAUCUCCAUCACUUGGGACAGAGCUACCAGACUGGACGUGAGAAUCACUGGACAAUACAGGGGUAAAGUGUGUGGGCUGUGUGGUAACUUUGAUGGCGUACAGAAUAACGACCUGCUCAGCAGCAACCAGCAGAUGGAGGUGGAACCUGCUGACUUUGGCAACUCAUGGAAGACGCAGCCCAGGUGUGCUGAUGCUACUCCGCUGCCAUCUCAGUGCAGCUCAGACAUGGUGAAGCUUGUGACAGUGGAGCAGUCCUGUCGGGUUUUGACCAGCUCCCUCUUCAAGGAGUGUAACAGUGUGGUGGACCCUGAGCCUUACUGGGAGAUUUGUACUCAUGACUCGUGUGCGUGUCCGUCUGUGGGAGACUGUGUGUGUUUCUGUGACGCCAUCGCUGCCUACGCACACACUUGUGCCCAGAGUGGGGUCGUGGUCCACUGGAGGUCCAACGACCUGUGUCCACUGAGUUGUGAAGAUCUUAAUAAGGGCUCUGAGUGCCAGUGGAAGUACAGUGCCUGUGCAGAAGCUUGUCCGUUGUCAUGCCAACACCCAGAACCUCUUCACUGUCCUCAAGUGUGUGUGGAGGGCUGCCAUGCUACCUGUCCACCAGGGCAGGUUCUGGAUGAGGUGUCUCUGCAAUGUGUGAACCCUGAGAAAUGUGAGGUGUGUAUGCAUGAGGGAGAGAGGGUGUCACAUGGAAAACACAUCAUCCUCAAUCAUGACAACCCUGAGCUGUGCAAGAUCUGCCGCUGUGAGAACAACACCCUCACCUGCGCCUCCUGCCCCCCCACGGGUCUCCCCACCACCACCCUCUCGCCCACCACCCUCUUCACCACGCCCGCGCCACUCCUCUUCUCCACCGCCAUGCCCGAGGACGCCUGCGACCGCGCCAUGGACCUGGCCUUCCUGGUGGACGGCUCCACGCAGCUGAGCGAGGAAGACUUCGGCGUGGUGAAGACCUUCAUCCUGGGCGUGGUGGAGCGGUUCCGCAUGGGCUCCGCACACACACGCGCCACCAUGCUGCUCUUCCACUCCGGCGUCAAGAGCUACGACAUGCAGGUGCAGAAGUGGAUCUUCAGGAAGAUGGUGCGUGACAUGCGCUACACCGGCGGUGAGACGGCGUUCAUCGACGAGGCUUUGAAGUACUUGUCCGUCUACAUCUACGACAAGAACAAGCGUGAGCACGCCGGCCGAGUGGCCAUCUUGCUAACGGCCAGCGCCAACCCGCGGCCCAUGCGCACCACGCAGCGGCUGCUCCGCAAGAAGGACAUCACCGUGCUCACCGUGGCCCUGGGGCCCGAGGUGGACAUGGCGCAGGUCAACGACAUCACCAAGGCCACGCCCAGCAGCCGCGCGUACGUGCUGAGCAGCGCGGCGGAGCUGCAGGACCAGGGGCCCGUCAUCACGGACUACCUGUGCACCCUGGGGCUCGACCCGGAGACCCCCAAACCCAAAGCCACCCCCGGGAAGCCCCAGCCCCAGCCCCAGCCCCAGCCCCUCCCCACCCAGGCCCAGCCCCUCCCCACGAGGGGCCAGACCCAGCCGACUCUGUUCCCCCAACCCACCACCACCCCGGAAAGCUCUGCCAUUCUGGCCCCCGACUUCGUGACCACGAGCCCCGUCCGCUCCGCGACGGGCCCCACCCUUGGGGCGCCGGGCCCCGGUGGCCAGUCCCCGGUGGAUGUGGUGUUCGUGCUGGAGGGGUCGGACGCGGUCGGAGAGGAGGGCUUCAACCGCACGCGCGACUCGCUGGUGGAGGUGGUGUCCACCCUGGUGGAGGAGGAGGAGCUGAUCACCAUCACCAUCAUCCAGUACUCCGAGGUGGUUACCGUGGAGAUCAGGUCCAUGGAGAUCCGGAACCGUUGGCUCCUGCUGGAGCGCAUGAGGCAGAUCCGCUGGGCGGGCGGGGCCAAGACCAACACGGGCCACGCCAUUCGCUCGCUCUACGAGACCGUCUCCACACAGAGGCCCAGUCACAUGCCUGAUCAGCUGGUCUUCCUGGUGACGCAGAACCCGCCCACUGACAAGAUCGAGAGACCUCCCAGCUCCGCCCACACACAGGUGUUCCCCGUCCUGAUUGGCCCAAAGGUCCGGGAGGUGGAGCUUGAGCAUCUGAGUUUCCCCCAGAAGCCAAUUGUGUUUCAGAAGCCAGAGGACCUGAGCUCAUUGCGCCCCCUGCUGUUGAAUCUGACACAUGGCAUCAGACGGCCCCUCCUGCCCACGCUGCCCCCGCUGCCCCCGCUGCCCACUCUACCACCCUCAGUCCCCUGCACUAAACCCAUGGACGUACAGUUCCUGCUGAGAGCAUCUGAGGGCCACUUUGAGGACUUGAAGACGUUUGUGAGAGCCUUCAUUCAGAAUACAGAUAUCGGUCCAAACACCACACAGGUGUCAGUGCAGCUGUACGGUGAGAAGGUGGUGGAGGAGAUCUCCUGGGGAGAUAAGCAAAGCCCUGAGGAUCUACUGACUCGCCUGGACAGUAUACACACAACUCCAUCAACCACAGCCAGACUGGGUUCUGCUCUGCGCUCCGCCGUCCGCACGGCCGUGUCCUCCGCCAGCGGGGGGCGAGUGGGCGUGCCCAAGGUGGUGGUGAUGGUGGUGACGGACAGGUCAGUGGACUCCGUCCAGGAAGCAGCCAGUGAGGCAUUGACAGCAGGAGUGGCGGUGUUUCCGGUGGGUGUGGGGGCGGAGUUUGACCACAAUGAACUGAGCACGCUCGCUGGGGCACAUACUCCGACCAACGCCAUCCAGCUGAGCAGUACGGACGACCUCAUUGCCAUGGCAACGCUGGGACACACCUUCUAUGACAAACUCUGCCGUGCUGGUCCCCCUGGAGUGUGUGUGGAUGAUGAGGGCAAUCAGAGGAAGCCGGGAGAGAGCUGGCUGCAGGCGGACGGCUGUCAUACCCUGCUGUGUAACCCAGGGGGCGCUGUGACCCUGCAGAGCCACAGGGUGAACUGUGAGCGCAUGGAGCCGCCAGCCUGCUCUGGCAACAUCAAGCCUGUCAAAGUACCAGAGGCCUGUGGAUGCAGCUGGCACUGCCCAUGUAUGUGUAUUGGCAGCUCGUCCAAUCACAUUGUGCCAUUUGGAGGAGCUGCUCUAAAACUGGAGGGCUUCUGUUCUUAUUCGCUGAUUCACCUGGGAGGGGCGGAGAUUAUUCUUCACACCACCCCCUGUGAGGCGCUGUCUAAUCACAUCUGCAUGAAGUCCAUGGAGCUGAGAGGGGGCGGGGCUACUGUGGUGCUUCAGGAUGACAUGAAGGUGACAGUGGAUGGCGUGGUGACCCCUGUGCCUCUGCGUGUCGGGGGGCUGGAGGUGACUCAGUUUGGGGCGAUGCUGCAUCACCUGAGGGCAUCAGAGCUGGGCCUCACCAUCACCUUCACGCCGCAUAGCAACGAGUUCACCAUCACCCGGGAUAUCGCCAUGACUACCAACAUCACCACCGGCAUAUGUGGUUCAUGCGGUAAUGAUCAGCUGUUGCUAAGCGACGGCUCUGCGACCUCUGACCCCGAGCGCUACCUGAGGUCGUGGGUGGUGGGGGAGUGUGCGCCGACCCCGUCCGACAUGUGUGUGCCGGGCGUGGCGAAGCGGUGCGCGGCGCUGAAGGAGGCCGCCUUCGGAGCGUGCCACGGCCUGGUGCCCCCGGAGCCCUACCUGGCCCUGUGUGAGGAGACGGCCUGCCACCCCAGAGACGUGUGUGACCUCGUCUCAGCCUACAGCAGUGUGUGUCGCCAGCAGGGAGUGUGUGUGGACUGGAGGAGCCCCGACCUGUGCCCGAUGUCCUGCCCAACCACCAUGCGAUACCAGCCUUGCCGGACCGGGUGUGUGGAGGACUGUGAGAGGGGCCCCGGGGAGCCCAGCAACAUGGUUGAGCUGGGAGACGGGAUGACCGCGGGCGGGGGGCCUCAGUGCUCCAACACGCCCACUGAGGGGUGCUUCUGCCCGGAGGGGAUGGUGCAGAGGGGAGAUGAGUGUGUCAGGAGAGAGGCCUGCAAGGAGUGUGUGGACCAGAACGGACACACACACCCAUAUCUCCAAAGCUGGUCUCCCGAUGACAACCCCUGCCUGAUGUGUGUGUGUCUCGAUCAGAAGCAAAUCAACUGCACUGUCCUGCCGUGCACACACUCUAAAGCUCCUGUGUGUGAGCCCUGUGAGGUCGUCAGGGAGAAGAAAUCAAGCUGCUGUCCAGAGUAUGAGUGCGUGUGUGACGAGGAGACAUGUGUCCGUCCUCAACCUCCCCGCUGUGAGAACGGCCAGAGCCUCUCUCUCACCAACCCAGGAGAGUGUAUGCCCAUCUAUGAGUGUGUGUGUAAGAAAGAGGAGUGUUCUCUGAUGACCGCGCCCCCCUGCCCCACCCACCGACGCCCCACUGUCACAAAGACAGAGUGCUGUGACGUGACCGAGUGUGUGUGUGACUGUCACAACUCCACAAAAACAUGUCCACCUGGACACAUCACCACGGCAACCACCAAUGAAUGCGACUGUACAGAAGUGUCCUGUCAGCCAGACAAGGUGUGUGUGGUGGAGGGAGUGGUGUAUCAGGUAGGCAGGCAAUGGGAAGACGGCUGUAAGACCUGCAGCUGCACUGACAGAAGAGAGGAAACCACCGGCCUCCACGUCACCCAGUGCCAGGAGAGGGAGUGUACUAAUGAUAUCUGCCCUAUGGGAUCAUCCUUCUCUCAAGCAAAAGGCGAGUGCUGUGGCAAGUGUGUGAAGACCAGCUGUCUGGCUGAAAGCCCUCAAGGAGGGUCAAUCAAAGAGGUGGGGGAGCAAUGGCAGAAUGAUGCCACUGGGUGUGUGUUGAGCGAGUGUGUACGAGUGAAUCAGGAAGUGUUCAUCGCCCAUACCAACGUCUCGUGUCACAUGAUGGAUACGCCCACCUGUCCUCUGGGAACAGAGCUUCAGUGCAACACAGUGGAUCACUGCUGUCCUGUGUGCCAAUGCGUUUCUUUGGAUGUGUGUGUGAUGAACCAUACAAUUAUUGGAGCUGGGGAGCGAGUGAUGGUGGAUGUGUGUACUCACUGUGAGUGUUCUAUGGUGGAGGGCCUUAUAAGGAAGACCCGCCUCUCCUGCAGGAAGAUCACCUGUUCCCCAUGCCCAGAGGGCUACACUAUGGACCCAGUGGCUGACUCGUGUUGUGGUCGCUGUGUUGCAUCUGCCUGCACCAUCAGAAGGCCAGAUGGAGAGCUCAUAAGUCUGAAGGCCAACAGUUCUCGUGAGGAUGGCUGUGUGCUGCAUUCGUGUGGUGUGAAUAGAGAGGGAGAUCUGGUGCUGGAGACCAGAAUCACCACCUGCCCUCCAUUUGAUCGGCAACAGUGCCUGGAUGAGGGGGGGAAAAUCACACAGAUUGGGAAUAGCUGUUGUGAGAUGUGUACGGAGCCAGAAUGCAGGCGAACAGUGGGCGUGCUGAACUUUAUCAGAGUGCAGGACUGUCAGUCUGAAGAGAAGAUAGAACUACAUUACUGCGAGGGAAAGUGCCGCAGCCGGUCGAUGUACUCGCUGGAGAAACAUGCGGUCGAGCCAGAGUGUGUGUGCUGCUCGUCGACGGGAACCGAGCCCGUCAGCGUGUCACUUCGCUGCGCCAACGGAACACACACCCACACACAGCUGCUGUCUGUCACGGGCUGUGAGUGCCAGGCCCACGCAUGUCCCGCUGAGCACUAAGAACCACCUAACACGUCUUAGCACGCGCAUGUGUGUGUGUGUGUGAGUGUGUGUGUGUGUGUGUGUGUGAGUGGCAGAGAGAGAGACAGAAACAGCAUGGACAGAAUCACAUAGAGAGACACUAUGUACAAGACAGGGAGGCUAACAGAGUAACGUAUGAGAGAGCAAUUAUGUGAGAGAGAGGGUGAGAAAGACAGAGAGCAUGUUCAAAUUCAACACUGCCUGGUAUAUGUAAAGGCCUAUGAGAAGGCUACGGCUAUAUGGAGAGAGCACAGAGGACAUAUACUUUGAUCCCCAGUUAUCCCCAACCCCACACUGUAUUAUGGGUUAGUCAGUCGCGCAGUACCAACUGGACAUGGAAAUAUAUUUUCAUCAUCACACGAAUGCUGCAAGCACAUAUGAUUGUAUUUGUCAUUGUGGUAAUACCACAGAUUAAACACAAUAAAGUAUAUCACACAAUA